UCCUUGCAGGAGCAGCAGGCAGACACGGACGGUCCACACACUGAAGGUCAGGAUGGUUCUGAGUGGGGCCCUGUGCUUCCGAAUGAAGGAUGCAGCAUUGAAGAUACUUUAUGUGCAUGAUAACCAGCUUCUUGCCGGUGGGAUGCAUGCAGGGAAGGUCAUGAAAGGCGAGGAGAUCAGUGUUGUCCCCAAUCGGUUUCUGGAUAUCAGCCUUUCUCCAGUCAUCCUGGGUGUCCAGGGAGGGAGUCAGUGCCUGUCAUGUGGCACAGGGCAGGAACCAACUCUGAAACUAGAGCCAGUGGACAUUAUGGAGCUCUACUUCAGCCACAAAGAAUCCAAGAGCUUCACCUUCUACAGGCAAGACACAGGGCUCACCUCUAGCUUCGAGUCAGCCGCCUUCCCGGGCUGGUUCCUCUGCACUGUGCCCGAAGCUGACCAGCCUCUGAGACUCACCCAGCUCCAGGGAGAAGACAGUGGGGACAACCACAUCACGGACUUCUACUUCCAGCAAUGUGACUAAGGCAAGGCACCCCUCAGGGUCUUGUGGACAGAGCUGGCCGGGGCAAGUGGAGGAGGAGGAGGCCCAGGUGACCACUCCACCUCUGUUCUUGGGCUCCCACAUGGGCACAUAGCCACUCUUCCUUCUCCUGGUUCCCAGUUUGGGUAAAUUCUGCUGAAGACUGAAGCUUAGUUCACAAUUUCUUUCCAUGCUGGGUGGCACUACUGGUAUGGAGCCCUGCAAACAAUGCAUGAGGGGAGUGGUAGAAAUCCUCGGGGCUUUGAGGUGACUUACCCAGUGUCCCUGAACUCCACAGGCCAGCCCUGUCCCAGGUUGAGCCUAUUAGAGCCACUAGCUACUCACAUGGGGUCCUGUCAGCACCCCAUCCAGAAUAUGGAGGGAGUCAAAGAGUUAGAGACUCUAGGACCAGGCCUUCCCCCCCUCCCUUUAAUUCAGCUGCCAUCCUGUGUGCCUUUUCCAUCCCCACCCUCUCACUGUUACCAUGGGCAGGGCAGGGUAGUGCUGCCCAAGGAAAUGGCUCCAGCUCAGAAGACCCAGGAUGGGCAGGCAUGUCAUUCCUUUUGCAACCCAGAUACAAUUAAAAUCCAAGAUGCUGGUGUCUAUUCACAUGGCAAGAUGCUCAUGACAUAUUAAGUGAAAAGAGCAAGUUACAA